AUGAGUUAUUGUUAUAUUCAUGAGAAUGAAAUUCCUUACAUUUUUUAUGCAAAUGGUUGUAAUCUAUUUUUUGAAAAUUCAACAACAGAUAACACUGCAAACAUAGAUAUUCCACCAAUAUUUAAGAACACAGGUAUUUCAUUUGAAAACGAAUGCCCUCUUUUGAAUAUUUCGACAACAGAUUUUGUCGAAUCAUUAAAAUAUAAAUGUCGUCAUUCCACUCGAAAUAAUGACGAAAACGAAGAAGAAAAUAAUGCUUAUGCUCAAAAUCAUGUUAAAAUCUUCUUUUUAUUCAUGAGUAGUAAACCAUUUCGAAGUCAAACAUAA